AUGUCCACAGAGCAGCAUCCGGGGGCGUCAGAGUGCUUCGAUAUUCAUGAUGUACAUGAAGUGAACGAUAACUUCACUGAGCAGUGUCUGGAUUCAGAUGUUAAGAAUAAUGUCUACGAUAUCUCUCCAUCCUUGAUGAGGCUAGCCUCUACACCUGAUCCAACAAACGACUUCUCGGCUUCAUUUCCUUCCACCGAGCCAUUUGCUGACUACCUGAACACUCCAUCUGUGCAAGGUUCGUGGAGCAGUCAAAAUGAGUUCCAGAAUGAUGUUCUACCGGCCACUAUAUCGAGAGACUCUUCGUGGGCCUCAGCACCCAACUUAGACACUAUCGGCCCAUGUACAGCUUUCGACCCUGCUCAAACAACAGACACCGUACCCAGUUUCCCAGUGACUCUUUCCCAAGCUCUACAUACUCCCCCUAGCAGAAGGACUUUGCCUCGUCGGAGGAGUCGAUAUCAUAUCUCCCGGUCAGAGCAGAAAGCGACUCCGACUUAUACUCCCAUGUCAUCUUUCCUAGAUCCGAUGCAGCGAUGGCAGGAAUCUCCACCAGAGGAUGAGCCAGCAUCCCUGACCGCGAUCAUGAAUGCAAUGGGUGAUAUUCCAUCAAGUUCAAGUGCCAGUCCACAAGACCAUGGUAGAUUGGCGAACACAUUUCAGCAUCACUGUCGGGCCCCGUCGACUACCAGCGCCGAAUCAAGCCCGUCCUCCACUGACUCGGCUUGGUCAUCAACAGGUGGCUCGACAUCUCGAUAUGGUCGAAACCGACGAUCUCGCGUAACCAAAAACAAGGCAAAUGAUGGCAAGCCCCGCAUCUUCUGUUGCACGUUCUGCUGCGACCGCUUCAGAACACGAUACGAAUGGGUCCGCCACGAAAUGACCCUCCACCUAAAUCUAGAAACCUGGUACUGCGCGCCCCUCGGCCCGUCAGUCUUCUCCCCAGUCACAGGAAGACAACACUGCGCAUACUGCAACGCACUGGACCCAUCACAGGCUCAUCUGACCGAGCACAAAUACGACGCUUGCCAAACACUAUCAAAAGAACUCCGCUCCUUCAAUCGCAAAGACCAUCUCGUCCAACACCUCCGCCACUUCCACCACGUCCAAACAAUCCCGCUCAUCGACGACUGGAAAAUCGAAACGAAGAAUAUAACGUCGCGAUGUGGAUUCUGCUCCGAGACCAUGAACAAUUGGGGCGAGCGAACAGAUCAUCUCGCGAAGCAUUUCAAGCGCGGAUAUACAAUGAAAGAUUGGAAAGGAGAACACGAAUUCCCACCAUCCAUCACAGCGCAUUUGAAAAAUGCAUACCCGCCAUACCUCCUCGGAUGGGAAUCCGAGAGUAUAGUUCCUUUCUCUGCAACCAGCACGGAUGUCCGUCAUCAAUACGCGCAGGUUUCUUCAAGGGUGUUCGCUGCCGAGAGGAAAGAGGCUGGAACUAAGGGCAUUGUAUUUCCAGAUCCAAAUAAGUCGGAGUUUGAUAACUUUUUGAAUGUCUUUACCCGGCACCUGGGUCGGUAUGCUCGAGGGCAGAUGGAGCUUGGGGUUAUUCCGACCGACGAGAUGUUCCAGAAAGAGUCGAGAAGGGUGCUUUUCGAUGGUGAGGAUGCUUGGGAUCAAACUAUUGCUGAUAACCCGGACUGGUUGUCUGCGUUUCGACGGCUACAUUGUGGACCGGUUCAUGACAGCGGAUGA